AUGGGGGAGGUGAGGCAGUGCUCUACAACGGAUACGGUGCUGGAUCGCUUCAGCGUGCGGCGCACCAACAUUUCCACCACCCCAAGGGUGGGGCGAUGGGUGCGCAGAGCUACGGAGGAGCGCCGCCGAGAGGAGCGGCGGCGGCACUGCCGCCGCAGGCCAUCGCCUCGUCGGGCAGCGGCGCUGCGGGGACAAGCCACUGACCCUCACAGCAUCAUAGAACGACUUCGCAGGGAGAGAAUCGCGGAGCGAAUGAAGGCCCUUCAAGAAUUAGUCCCUAACGCCAACAAGAUUGAUCCCAAUCUACUUACCAUGUAA